UCUUGUCAUUUAAAAAUAUAUUAUUUUUAAAAAAUUCGAUACACAUCUGAAUGAUGAGUUAUUUGUUGGUGAAAUAGUGAUAAAUAUUUCAUAAAAUUAAUUCAUAUACGUGAAAGCUAAUCUGGACAUCGUGAUUAUCAAAUAAACAUUAACGUUGGCUCUCAUUUGUUUGUUGGUCAAAGUUAAUUAAUACUGUUGCUGGUGGGAGGUGCUCGUGGUCUUAGCUCUGAGGGGUCGAUCGGGAAAUAAGUUAUCUGAGGAUUAAUUAUCCUAUUAUUAGCUAUUUUGGAAUUAGUUAUUCUCGUUUGAUACAAUUGUGUAAUGAAUGAGAGGCAAAAGUUAGCUGAACUACUGAGAAAUUGUUCAAAGAUUUUGUCUUUAGAUGUGGGAAAACAAGUUCAUGGAGUUAUAUUAAGGAUGGGUUAUGUAUUUGAUUUGAUGAUAUGUAAUGAUCUCAUUGAUAUGUAUGGGAAAUGCAGAAGAGUGGAACUUGCUCGCUCAGUGUUUGACAAAAUGCCUGAAAGAAAUGUGGUUUCUUGGACGGCUUUAAUGUGUGGAUAUUUACAACAAGGGAAUGCUCAAGAAUCCUUGUUGCUUUUCGGUAGGAUGCUUUUAUCGAAUGUAAAGCCCAAUGAGUACACUUAUUCCACUAAUUUAAAGGCAUGUGGUUUUGUUGGUGUUGUGGAAAAUGGACGACAGAUUCAUGGGUUGUGUGCGAAAAGUGGGUUUGGAGAGUAUCUAGUUGCGGGCAAUUCAAUUAUUGAUAUGUAUUCGAGAUGUGGGAAACUUGGCGAUGCUGAAAAGAAGUUUCAUGAAAUGCCGGAAAAGAGUCUCAUAACUUGGAAUGUAAUGAUAGGAGGAUAUGCAAUGGGAGGAUUUGGCGAUAAAUCUUUGUUUCUGUUCAAACAAAUGCAACAAGGAGGAGAAAUGCCGGAUGAGUUUACGUUUGCAAGCACAUUGAAGGCUUGCAGUUGUUUUAAGGCGGUCCGCGAAGGAAGCCAGAUUCAUGGUUUUCUUAUUACUAGGGGAUUCCGUAUUUCCAGCCAGAAAGUUAUUGCAGGCGCUCUUAUUGAUUUGUAUGUCAAAUCAGGAAACUUGUUUGAAGCACAUAAGGUGUUUAGUCAAGUUGAACAGAAAAGUGUGAUAUCAUGGACAACGUUGACUGUAGGGUAUGCACAAGCAGGUAAACUAACAGAGGCAAUGGACCUGUUCGAGCAGCUCAGAGAAAGUAGCAUCACAUUGGAUGGGUUUGUGCUGUCAAGCAUGAUGGGUAUCUUCGCUGAUUUUGCUCUAGUUGAGCUUGGGAAACAAUUGCAUUGUUGUGCAGUAAAGAUACCUGCGGGUUUAGACAUAUCUGUAUUGAAUUCAAUCAUGGAUAUGUAUAUAAAGUGUGGGUUAAUAGAGGAAGCCGAAACACUUUUCGAUGUUGUGCCACAGAAAAAUGUGAUUUCAUGGACAGUUAUGAUCACCGGGUAUGGGAAAUAUGGUCUUGGUGGAGAAGCAGUUGAACUAUUCAAGAAGAUGCAUAUGGAUAGUAUUGAGCCUGAUGAGGUUUCCUACUUAGCUUUGCUCACAGCUUGUAGUCAUUCGGGGCUAAUUCCCGAAAGUGAAGAAUACUUUUUAAAACUAUGCAAUUCAAAUCAUUUAAAACCUUCAGUAGAGCAUUAUGCUUGCAUGGUUGAUAUCCUUGGUCGAGCUGGACGCCUUAGAGAAGCUAAGGCUGUGAUAGAAAACAUGCCAGUAAAACAAAAUGUUGGUAUUUGGCAGACACUGCUUGGUGCAUGUAGAGUACACAAGAAUGUGGAAAUUGGAAGAGAAGUUGGGGAGAUUCUCUUAAAAUUAGAUGGCAAUAAUCCGGUGAAUUAUGUUAUGAUGUCAAACAUUUUUGCUGAUGCCCGCCUAUGGGAAGAAUGUGAGGGAUUAAGAGGACUUGUGAAAACAAAAGGUUUAAGGAAAGAAGCAGGGCAAAGUUGGGUGGAGAUCGACAAGAAGAUGCACUUUUUCUACAACAGAGAUGAGACACACCCGCUUACUAAAUCUAUCCAUGAGUUUUUGUAUAAGAUGGAGAAGAGAAUGAAAGAUGAACUCGGUUACACACGGGAAGUAAGCUUUUCAUUACACGAUGUUGAAGACGAAACAAGGGAUGAGGGCCUGAGAUUUCACAGUGAGAAAUUGGCAAUUGGUUUGGCACUUCUUUCUGGUGGCGAUGAGUUUGAGGGGAAGCCAAUCUAUGUUUUCAAGAAUUUGAGAGUUUGUGGAGAUUGUCAUGAGUACAUCAAGGGUUUGUCAAAGAUUUUGACGAAAACAUUUCUUGUUAGGGAUGCCAAUCGGUUCCAUAAGUUUGAGAAUGGAACAUGUUCCUGCAAAGGCUAUUGGUGAUAUUAUAUUUGAUUUGAUAGCUGAAUAUCCAGAUUAAGGGACUAUCACGAAUCUUUAACCAUUAACAAACAGGCAAGCGUGACACAACUAAGACAACAACAACAACAACAAGAUACCCAGUAUAUUUCCACAAAGGAGAGAGAAAUCGUGAAGGGCUUUCUGAAGUCUAUCUAAGCAGGAAAUGCUGCCAGAGCUCAAAGAGUAUAUGGGGUUUAUUGACAUCAUUCUAGUCCCUAUUGCCCCAAACAUUGUGGCAGCCAUACACAGAGCAAAAUGUCUGGAAAAUUAGCAGCAAGACAAAGAAUAUCCACAAAGCAACAGGCAAGAACUUCCAAGAAACAUAGAUAUUUUUCUUCAAUCCUUUUCGAGCCCUAACGAUUAGCCUCUGGUCAUAGUAUUUGUUGACUUUCUCCAUGGCAAUCUCCACAUUAGAACUUCCACUGGACCUCACAAAUGACCUUUGCAUGGUACUGAACAAAGUGGCAAUUUCAUUAUCAGUCAAAUCCCCUAUGAUAACACCAUCCUGCCUAAGCAACCUCACAUCCUCAGUAGCAUUUGCAAUCCCACUCAUUAGAUUGAUGUAUCUGGCAAAUUCGAGCUUGGAUUUCAACAUGGCAGCUUCAUAGACCAUCAAGUUUCUAAGUAUGACUUCUGAGCCAGCAUUCAUGGUGAUCACAGGAAGGUAUAAAGUUGAAGAAGCUUGUUCAAAUUUAAUCAUACUGAUACCCUCAUGGAUGGGGCUGCAUCUGACUCUGGCAUAGCACCAUAAUCGGGAUGCUGAAGGGAUAUUACUGAUAUUCUUGCUUUCUUCAUCUCCAUUUCUUUCCAUACCUUUUCUAAAUAGCCCGGAAAUCGUUGACCAUGGCACAUUUGCUACAAACUGGUUAAUGGGCUUUACAAGUUUUUGCACGUCUCUUGGGCCAAUAUGCUCCAGCACCUCCAAGAUUGUUCCAAAGUUGUGAAUGAUGUCUUCAUGUGUAGCUUGAUCUUGAUCAUCUUCUUCAUCUUUAUCGUCAUGUUUUAUAAUGAUGGAUGACAUUUGAAUAGGAACUGAAGCAAAAUCUGCACGAUCAUCAAGGAUUAAAUGAUACAUAAGAUCGAGCAAAUGAAGAGGUUGAGUUUCUUUGGUAUAUAUUCUGUGGUACUCAUUGUUUGAGGGAAAAGGAAGUGGGGAAUGCAUUUCACAGAAGCGCCUAAACAUAGAAAUUAACUCGGCGUCUUCUCUGUCCUCAGGGGGAGAGAGAUGAAGUAACUCUCUGAUUUGCCUCACGACCACAAAGGGCAUUUGGUUCUCCAGCAUCAUAAAGUCUCUGGUGAAAAUGGAGUCAUCAAUAUUAUUUUCAUGAUGAUCACACACAUUGUUGCCAUACGCUGAACGGAGGAUGUUAAGCAAGAAUAGACCAUCUAUGGCUACUAUCCAAGCUAAAGUCUCCUCAUCUAUGUCCAUGUAGCGGUUAUAACAGGCGCGGACAACGAGGUCAUUCUCUCUGAGUUUGUUGAUCAAGAGGUGCUCAAAAUUGAUGAUUUGAGCAUGCUCGAGAAUGUCCUUGAUGGCAGCAAGUUUGUACCUUUCCAUUUGAUAUAGGUCUGGUCUUAAAUGGUGAUAGGGUGCCAUGCCAAUGAGCUGAGGAGUAUAAGCUUCUGGUUUCUGGUGAGUUAGUGUUUUGGGAACCUGGAGGACACAGACAGGAGGGAGUAGAUUCAAGUCAAUGUCAACUUCUUUUUGAAGGGCAUUGCUUAUGCGGUCUGUCCAUCUCCUGGCACUUGAAUUUGAGGAAACAGUUGGAUCCAAUGCCAUGUUUAUUUAAUUUGUUUGCAAUUAUAUUAUUCAUGAAUGCAUUAUGCGUAUGUUUAUUUAUAGAUUUAUUCUAUCUGUUUCUAUUUAUGAGUUUUGAAUAUAAAAUAUCUAUGUAGGAGGCUAAUUUGUUUGCUGCUAAGGAAAGUAGUGGAGGCACAAGGAGCUUCUUGCUUGCUUCCUUAGUAUCAGUUUAGGUGACAAGUCUGAAUAAUAACCAAACAAUUAAUUUUUUCCUUAGAAGAAUUAAACUUUAUUUCCCAGCCAGCCGAAACCAAUUCAGUUAGGCUAGAAAUAGUGAUUGUCAUUUUAACUAAAGUGAAGUUUAGGUUAUGUUUAGCUACAUAAAUAGUUUUAGUUAAUCACGACAAGCUAAAUUAUCCCAUCUGAUUUAGAUGUGAGAUUAAAAAUCAACUAUUUAAUUAGGCUAGAAAUAAUGCACAUCCCUAUCUGCCUUCCUCCAUAUGGCAUACUAUACUAGUACUAUUUUCCUUCUCCUUUUCUUCCUUUCAAGUCUACUUUUUCACCACAAGCACUCUUGAACCUAAAAUAUCUCGUUGCCAAACCCCUUUGAGUCUUCUCCAUCCUUUCUCCAAAAUCUGCUCAAAAUCAAACACCCAUUUUGUCAAAAUCUCAUAGUCCCAUUUCUAGAUAGUCAUUUUGCCAAAAAUCUGAAAAUUAUGAUAAUUUGGUGACACAUUCAUCAGAUUUUAAAGGAUAGGUAUUGUCUAGUGAUAAAGUUGUGAUGUGAAGUUGAGUGAAAGAUGAGAACCACCCAAUUUGUAAAUGUUGAUGAAGCUUUUGAUUGACAGAAUGACAGUAAGCCCGACUCAGAAUAUCUUAAACGGAGAUGGAAGCCACAUGGAUCUGAUCCUCCAAGGACGAGGUUCUGUUUUGUGGAAAAAGGCCCGGUGUUCCAAAUGAAAACUCUCUUGAGGCAGAGAAAGUUAUAUGGUUGAGCAGGAUCUGAAGCUGAGAGAAAUAUGGAGGCCAUCUACUUGUCAGAAGCAGUGAGCAAGUGUAUUUAAUGUUGAAGGCAAAGAGGAGAAAAGCAGGAUUUCUGAUCUAGUAGUUGUCUGAGAGAAAUUCUUCCGAAAAUAAGCAAACUAUUUUGUUUAGCAAUAUUAGAAAAUGAUAGAGGAUUGUUAACUCAAUGGCUAACUGCAUCCUUGGACAUUCAAUGCUAGAGCAAGGUAAAGAUAUAUUGUCCUUAUUAUUGUGCCAGUGCAAAAACUGAUCUCAGGGUUCCUCCUUUAUUUAAUAGCGGGGAGAGAGGUAGAUCUGAAGUUGCUAGGGCUCUUUUCAAGUGGGCAAAAUUGAUUUAAUCAUGGGAAGCAGUGUUAUUGGACUGAUGAAAGAUGUGAAGGAAAAAGUGUAUAUGUUAUGUUAACCAAGUAAUGUCAUUCUAGUCAGGACAAAAUUUUCUUCAAUAGGCCUAUUUAAGCUGCUUCACUAUGUGGAAAGUUACAUGAAGUUGAGUUUGUGACCUAUGUCCAAAGAGGCUUUCAAAGAAAACUUAAAGAUUGAGUAUCCUACAAAUUAUUGACAGUUGCAUUUUUAUCUGCUGCAACUGUGUACAAUCCAAGUACCAAAUCGGAGAAUAUUCCAUUUCUGGAGGCUGGGUACAGGAGUAUUUAACUCCCAAGAAGCAGCAUAGCCAUGGUUGUUUGUAUCUAUCUAAGGUUGAGCCGAACAUGUUAGGGACAAGGGGUUCAGUUUCGGAUUUCCAAACACAUAUAUUUGCUACUGAAAGUAUUUGACGGGCAAGAUAUCGGGAUAUAUAAUCUCUUGUAAUAUUGAAAGACUCCAAUUCAAGUGCGCUAUAGAAGAAAACAUGGGAUAGUAUAUAUAGUCUCGAUCAUAGCUCUCAGGGUACUAAGUCAUAGAUGGAGAGUGGAGAGUGAAGUGAAAUUCCUUUCCAAGAAUCUGGGUAAAUACGAGGAUGCUUUGUGCAUCGGAUUGCCUAAGUAAAUUCCAGGGUCUACAAUCUCAAUUAUACGAUUUUCUUUCAACGAUGAUGUGAAACGAAUGACCAAACCUUGAUCUUCUUGUUUGUUUGAAGUGACAACUCUUUGACUUGUUAGAAGCUCUGCAAGGAUUACACCGAAGGCAUAGACAUCACAUUUGUCUACUGACAACAACCAUUAUUCCCAGUGCAAUAAGAUGAUGAAGCCGAAGAAGAUGAAACAUUUUUGGUGGCGUCGCCACAGAAAGAAGCACAUCCACUUAUAAUAUUAUCUCCACUACUGAUGUCUAAAUCCUUGACGUAAGCAUAAAUGUCACACCCAAUGGCUACUAAAUUGUUCUUGUUGGAAAUACUGAAAUAACUGUCGCUGUUUGUCCAACUAUAUGCAUCAUCAUAGAUGUUCUUUCCAGUUGAUUUGUUGUAGGGGGAAGGACCAAACUUAAGUACACCCGUGAUGGAGUCCAUUGAUAUGUGUUUCAAGAACGCAUCAAGACCACGACUAAAAGCAGUGUUGUUAUUGCAGCUCACUUCAAACUGUUUGUUGAAGUAGCACCCUUUUCCUAUUCCAAAUGGAUAAGGAAUGGUUAAAUUACCGCAUCUUUCUGGACAACCAGGCUUUGAUGAAGAUAAUAUUGCUGAUGAUGACCAUAUUCUUAUAGCUGAAACUUGUGUUGUUCCUCUAGAAAGCAGCCCCAUAAGAAAAACUAAAAAUGACCACGUGGUAAUCUGCAUCUUCGUGUAUACUGGUAUGUAAUUACUGCCUCAUUCUCUGGUCGAAUCAUAUCUUAUAAUGGCACAAUUUCUGCAGACGUUUUACUUUCGCAAUAAUUGCUGCUAAGGCUUCUCCACUUCUCCACAAACGAAAAAAGUAAUAACUUUACAUGUGGAAUCCAUUAUUAAAACUUAUGAUUGUGAUCUUGAAAUGUCUUGGCCCAGCAUCUCUUAGAUUGGAAGUAUGUGGAUGAUUUCUCUUCACUUCUCUUUUCUUUUUUUUUUGUUUCUUUGGUUUUGGUUCUUGAUAUAUGUGAUGGCUAUUUCUGUUAUGUGGAAUCUCUUUCUAAUCGAACGUGAAACUCAUGUAUUGUCUUCUAUUUUUGAGUGAACAGUCAAAAAUAUCACUUUUUUGCGAGCUCAAUCCCCAGCUAUCAGUUACUACCUAAAACGUCACCAUCUACUCAACUAGGUGCGUUUUAAAACAUAGAUGAUGAUAGUUCAGUUGGGAAAAAGGAACAACUGAUAGUUGAGGUGUGUGACGUGUGAAACUCACAAAAAGUGAUAGCUUAGGUGUUUUUUUAAUACCAUUAUCUCUUUGUUUUUCUCUCCCCAUGUGAAUGCAAAAAGGUAUUUGGAUCAAAAUCUUUUUAUGGUUCAUAUUAAUGUUUGAAAAAGAUCUAAUUCUUGGUUUGGUCUUGUAUGUGAUACAAGAAGAGAGACAAGGCAGCCAGUUUUGAUUAGAGGGAGAAGAUCAUAUAAGAAAAUUUCCUUUUUUUUCUCUGCAUUUUCAAUUCAUCAUUUUUGGAUCGAGAUGAAUUUUUUUACGUGGAGUUUCUUACAUCCUAUUCGUAAUUUGAAUGAUGGAAAUCGUGAUUGUAGCUGCAAUAUUUUGAGCCGCGAAGAAUAGCCAGUUUUCAGUGUAAUUCUUUGUUAUUCUCAGAUUGCUUGUUGCUGCUAUUGCUACUAUUGUUUCUCCUUGUUUAAUAUGGGUGUCGUGCAGGGGCGGAGCCACCUUUUAUCCACCCUUUGACGGAAAUUAUACCAUUGUUACGUGGUUAAAAAUAUUUUUUAUGUAUAUAUAGUAGAUGUUGAACAUCUUCCAGCUAAUUCGUAUGUUUACUUCUGGACCCCCUCAAUGAAAAUUGUAACUCCGCCACUGAUGUCGUGACCAUUUCAAUGGACCGGGGAUCCCGACCUCAUAUAUUUACUCUUCGUGUGGCAACAUCUUGAUGACUUGGACUACCUUAUGGAUCGAGUGGGAGGAGUUACGAGGAUGGAGUGCCCUUUGCCCUAAGAAAUAGAUGGCUUUGUCUUCAAGUCGUCGAUAUAAUUGAGCUAAUAUGCGAUUGUGAUAUAUGGUACAUUGAAUGCACAUUUCUUUACUUUGUGAUGAGCUAAUAUGCGAUUAUGAUAUAUGGUACAUUGACUGCACAAGUCUUCUUUACUUUAUGGUGAGCAUUAUUAUGAUAUAUGGUACAUUGACUGCACAA